UACGCAGAUAAAUAUAAUCUCAGUUUUCGACAUUUCCCGCUCAGAUUUCAAAAUCCCUAAUUUCAAACCAAAAUUUCUAUUUUCUUCAUCCUCUCUACGCACCAGGCACCACAAUAUACCCUCCUUCACCCCACUCUCUCUCUCUCCUGCUCUGCACACAACAAAGCUACGGUUUUCUUCUUCUUGUCUUAAUUAUGAAGAAAAAGUAUAAUUCUGAAGAAGAAGAAGUUCAGUAUAAUUGUGAAGAAGAUGAAGGUCAGUUUACUGGUAAUAUGCUUGAACAACCAAAAAGAAACUGUCUUAAUAAUCUAAAACCAAAGUCAAAGAAGUCAAAAUUAAAUUCUGAAGAAGAAGAUGAUGAAUGUCGUUUUACUGAUGAACCAAUUCCUGUUGUUGAGGCUAAACAACAAUGGCCGCAUCGUUAUUUAUCCAAGGGUAAAUGGGCAAUUAGACCGGCAUAUGCUAAAGGUUGGGAGAGUGAUGAAAUUAUGCAAGCUUGUCGACAUUACAACGAAGCUUUGAUUGAUGGAGUGACUGUUAGACUUCUUGAUGAUGUUUACAUUCAGGCUGAGGAAGGAACACCUGAUUAUAUUGCCAAAAUAGUGGAAUUGUUUGAGACUGUUGAUAAGGAACAAUAUAUUACAGCUCAAUGGUUUUAUAGAGCUAUGGACACUGUAAUUAAAGUACACGCUGAACUUAUUGAUAAUCGACGAGUAUUCUUUUCGGAUGUCAAAAAUGAUAAUCCAUUGGGCUGCAUUGUUCGUAAAGUGAACAUCGCUGCCAAUCCUUCUAAUGUUGGCGUGGACAAGUCUCAUGAACUGUUUUGUGAUUUGAGUUAUAAAUUGCCUUAUUUGACUUUUGCAAAUCUGGUGCCUGAUGGGCAAAAUCAAGGAGGUGGUAGUGAUACAUCAUCAACUAUUUCAAGUGAUCAUAGUUCCGAUGAGGCCACUGCUGAUGUUACUAGUAAUGGUGUAGCAGAAACAAUGCAAGAAGUUGUGGAACCUAAGAAUGAAAUGAGGUUACUGGAUUUAUAUUCUGGUUGUGGAGCCAUGUCCACCGGUCUUUGUCUAGGUGCAUCUCUAUCGGGAAUAAAACUUGUUAAUAAAUGGGCAGUAGAUAUGAACCAAGAUGCUUGUGAAUCUCUGAGGAAGAAUCAUCCUGAAACUGAGGUGAGGAACGAGAAGGCUGACGAUUUCCUAGCCUUAUUAAAAGAAUGGGAAAGGUUGUGCAAUGAUUUAUUAUUAUCAGCAGCUUCACCCUCACCAGAGGUGGCAUGUUCUGAAGAAGAAGAUAUUGAUGAUGACUCUCCACUUUCCCCUGGAGAGUUUGAAGUAGAAACUUUACUUGACAUUUGCUUUGGGGAUCCUAAUUAUGUGAGAAAACGUGGCCUUUACUUUAAGGUACGUUGGAAGGGAUAUGGACCUGAAGAAGACACUUGGGAGCCAAUUGAUGGCUUAAGUGGCUCUGAAGAUCGGAUAAAGGAGUUUGUUGCAAGAGGAUACAAAGCAAAAUUUUUGCCUCUUCCUGGGGAUGCUGAUUUCAUUUGUGGAGGACCUCCUUGUCAAGGAGUCAGUGGUUUUAAUCGCUUUAGAGACAAAAUGGAUCCUUUAAAAGAUUCAAAGAACCAUCAGCUUGUGGUUUUCAUGGAUAUAGUAGACUUCUUAAGGCCAAAAUAUGUGCUCAUGGAAAAUGUCGUAGAUUUAAUGAAAUUUGCUGGAGGUUUUUUGGGGCGAUAUGCUGUUGGAAGACUUGUUGGUAUGAACUUCCAGACACGCAUGGGGAUUAUGGCAGCAGGAUCAUAUGGCCUUCCACAAUUUCGACUGCGAGUGUUUCUAUGGGGAGCGCACAUUUCAAAGAAACUACCACAAUAUCCUCUUCCAACUCAUGAAGUUGUUACAAGAGGUGGGAUUCCUAAUGAGUUUGAGGCUGUUUAUGUUUCACAUGAAAAAAAGAGCUGCCCUUCCCUGGCAAAGGCUCUAUCAUUGGAGGAUGCGAUCUCAGAUUUACCUUCUGUAACAAAUUAUGAAGAACAAGAUGAGAGGCCUUAUGAAGGAGCUCCUGUUUCGGAAUUUCAGCAAUACAUUAGACUGAAAAGAGAAGAUAUGAUAUCAUUUAACGGGUCAGCUGAAGUUGCAUUAGAUUGUGCUCUUUAUGAUCAUCGCCCUUUGCAAUUGAACAAAGAUGACUAUCAAAGAGUGUGUCAGAUUCCAAAAAAGAAGGGAGCAAAUUUUAGAAACUUGCCUGGGGUGCUAGUAGACUCUAAGAACAAGGUCUACUUGGAUCCUUCUAUGGAAAGAGUGUUCCUUCCCUCAAAGAAGCCUUUGGUGCCUGAUUAUGCUCUAAAAUUUGUUCGAGGAACUUCUUCCAAGCCAUUUGGUAGGUUGUGGUGGGAUGAGACCGUUUCCACAGUCGUCACCAGGGCAGAACCUCACAACCAGACUUUACUGCAUCCGGAGCAGGAUAGAGUGCUUACCAUUCGAGAAAAUGCAAGGUUACAGGGCUUUCUUGAUUGCUACAAACUCUAUGGCUCUGUUAAAGAGAGGUAUAUACAAGUGGGCAAUGCUGUAGCAAUACCAGUCGCUACCGCGCUUGGAUAUGCAUUCGGCCUAGCAUGUCAAGGACUUGCUGAUGAUAAGCCAGUGACAACACUUCCCUUCAAGUUUCCUAGUUGUCUUGCUCGUAAAGAAGAAUGAGAUAUCAAAGGGUGUUGGGUAUGUCUAUGCGAUCAGAACGAGCAACUCUUGAUCAGGUAAGCCUUCAUUGCAGUUUUCUUAUCAUAGCUUCCUGUACUCACGCAUUGUAUUUCUAUCUUUUUAAAGUAUAGCUAACAUUUGUAAACCUCCAUAGCAUGUAUAUAUAUGCGUAAACUAUCAAUGAGAAAAUUAUUCAUUCUCUCCAAAA